GGUAAAACAGGAUUUCUAGAACCAUAAACAGAGAGAACCAUCUUCCUGUCAACAAUAGACCACAUAGCGCCACGCCCUCCUGUUUUCAGUGUUUCGAGAUCUCGUUUCUACAGAACAGGGAAAUUAGUUUUGUAUGAUAUUAUAGUUUACGUGUUGUUGUGUUGCUGGCUCUUUGACGUUUACCACACAUUUAUGUUGGUAGUAUAUAAUAUACACUUAUGACGUCUGUUUUGGAUAAUUUCACAGAAAAAAUUACAUCUGAUUUGAAAAAUACCGUUUUUGCGACAUCUGAUGCAACGCCUUUUAUAGAUGCAGAUAAAAAUGCCAAAUGUGACGGAUCCUGUGUUGUUAUUAUCUUGGUGGCAGUAGUGGCUUUCUCCGCCAUUAUAUUGCUGUUAGCAUGUAUAUUUAGAACAAAGCCUAGAGACGAUAGAGAUUCUGACAAGGAUGAAACUAGUGCCACCAAUAUACCACACAGUACACAAAGCAGUUUUAAUGAAAAAUAUACUGUUGCCUAUGUUGUGUCUGAAAAACAGAAAGAAGUGAAAAUUACAUAAACAUCUAAAUAUGUAUUGCUAAUAUAUAAACUGUUGAUUCACAACUAAUAUACUUGAGAGUAAAUACUGUUCUCAGAUGACAUUCUCAUAUUGAAAACCAAUUAAGGUGAAGCUGGUUGAUAAAACCACAUUAUUUAUAACAAUGUUAAAGAACGUUUACUUAUGAAUGUUUUUUGGUUGUAGAAAAGAUGAUAGUAUAUAAAUAACACAACGCUGACAGGGUGAUAGAGGGGUAUCAAUAUGCUCUAUCACCCUCUUAGCUAUGUGUUAUUUAAAUUAUUAUACUGAAUGCCUUUCUUUAUUGUUUUUUUACAGAUAAAUUUUAUAUAAAAGUAUGUUCUAUAAGCUCACGUACAUGUACCAACAUUACGGGUAUUGCAAAAAUCAACAGAAGUGAAGCAAGAUGCUUUAUUUGUUUAUUUUGACAGUCAAAUAAUAAAAUCUGA